AUGGUCAAAGUCGAUGCUGAAAGUUUGACUCUGGUGCUCUUCGUAAAAGCCUUCCUCACGCCUCACACGAUCAAUAUUCUCAUGGUGACUGCCAUUACUGCGCUGUACACGAUCUCGCAGAUUACCAACGUGGGGUUCUUCGACGUCAACGACACUUACGUGGCAGACGCCAUUUUGCAGGAGACGUUAUUCAUUCACGGCAGUACGGCCAGUGGUGGACGUGUCGCGAAUCCCACCCCCAAGGCAACACCAGCGCGUUUUAGCAGGACUUGCACGGAUGCCUGUAGCUCCGUGCACUCACCAGGGUCUCCAGCGAGCAUGUCUACCGUCUGUGAUGAAAGCUGUGUUUCUGGUUGGUCACCUGCUGGACCCCGCUUCCGGGGUCACAAUUGCGGCGCGGGGGACCCAUCGCUGUACGGGAGUACCUGCAGAUCGUGCUACACCGACGAGGAGGAAGCCUUGGCUGCAGAUCGUUCCCUUGGGAACGCGUCGUCGGAUCCCUUGUUGGCAGGAGCUCACGUCAUCAUGUGUGACACCGGAGAGCCGCCCCAGGCUUCGAGCUGCUCUCCUGCAUGCCGGAGUAUGGCUGACACGGUGUGCGACUCUCGUUGUGGAACCGGGUUGUACGGGGACUACAAUUGCGACUGGCUGGGUCUUGGGUUGACUUGUCGUCGGUGCUUCCAAGAAACGUCGGUGGCCGAAUUUGCGGACAGCAUUGCCAAGACUCGCGGCCAAAGGGUGAUUUUGUGCGCAACGCACGAGCCCCCAUUGUCGGUCGGAUCCCUCAAGAGCCACAUCAAAGCGAAGCUGGGUCAUGGCGGCGGUGGUGGUGGUGACGCGAAUGCUCCAACAACUUUUCCCCUAGAGUCAGAUACAAGUGAUCGCUCAACGGCGGUAUACGUCGGCUCCGCAACGAUCAAGCAGAUGUGCGUGUUCUUGCGCGGAUAUUUCGACCUCCUGGCGGAGACGAGAUUGUCUGUUUCGAGCGUUCUGGAGUUCAUGCCGGGAAUGCGCGUGGCUGUAGCAACACAUCCGAGGGAUUUCCAAGUAUUCAAUAGGACACUUGGAUAUCUGCCAGACGUUACAAUCGAAAAUGCAUCCAGAGUAGAGCACGGUGCGCUGAUAGCAGACCAAAUUUGCGGCAACGGAACACGCCUGAUCUACUACAUGAACGUCGGCGAGGUACUCAGUCGCACGUUUACAAGGAAGGACACGCACGGUGUCCUGGGGGAUCUCAUCGUGUCGGCUACCGACAGCGCACAAGUCCCCUUGGAGCACGCACGCCGUGCAGCAGGCAGCGCCGUUCUUCUGGGGUUCACCACGCCUGCAUUUACGUAUGGGACUGAUCUCAUCCUGCCGGCAGAAACAAACGAACAGCUCCGAGCUGUGUUACACACGAAGGCAAAACUGAACGAGUUGGUUGUGGUGCAAGCGCAAGGCAAGCACCGGCGAUCCAGGAAAAAGCUAGGAUUCAUGUUUGAGUACUUGGCUUCGGUGGCUCACUCCCACAGGAGCUCCGCCACAAUCUACAUUCCGGAGGUGCUGGCUGCCUUGGCUCAUUCCCGUCGUGCUAGUGGUGUGACGUUCCUUGACAUGCACCACUGGAGUAGGAAAAACCUCUUUUCGGACGCGUCAAUAUGGGACAUCCCACUGAUAAAGCCUCGCUUCGGCUGUGCCUUUGAUACGUCUCUGAGUUUGAAAGGGUACGACAUGGCAUCCGUGAUGGCCAAAGAGCUCGAAGCUUUCAAGUUCGGAGCAUCAUGCGAGCUCGGCUUUGAGUCAGUUGAGAUCUCUGAAUUAGGCGUCAAGGCUGACUGGGAGUUUGGCGUCAAAGGAACGAACCAAAGCAUGCCGAGCUUGCACGAUUUCAACGUAACGGUGUUGUAUCAGACGGUAGCGGCACAUGAACACCUCUUUAAGAUAUCGAUCGCCACGGUAAUAGAGCAUUUUCCGAGUGCAUUUGAAGUGGUUGUCGUUGUCGUGGACGCCGAUGUAGCCCUUUUCGAGGGCAUCGUCAACCCAUUUCGGGCCACGGCACCAUUUCCUAUUCGUGUCGUCGGAGAGCCAGAGCUGAUGGACGGCAUGGUUCAGCAAACGUACUCAAAGAGCACGUGGGGCAUGGCGUAUAGCAGAUCGAAGUUGACUUUACGACAAGCGCUCAACACCGGACUUACACUUGCCCCUGUUUCGCCAACCGCAUCCUCUGACCGAACCCAGUUGAGGGCUGACUUGUUCGCGAAUGGGGAGUACGUUUUACACCUGGAUUCGGAUGCGGUUGUCUUCGAGGAUGUAACGUACGCGCACAUGUUUCAUCUCGGCAAGCCGGUGCUACCAUUCCGUCGGUACGGGAGAAACGGAGGAGGAGAAGAGAGGGACGUGUCCCAAGUCAUAUACUCCAUGCGCGAGCUGCUCAUUCGCUUUGAUGGUCUGAAGGUGAGAGAGCCAGCAACUGAUUGGGAAAAGAAGUGUGCUUCUGAGAAGCUCCGACGCAGGUACCCAGCUGCUCGACGGUUCAUCGAAGAGCACCACGGACUGUCGUUCGCCGAGUUCAUAGGCACGCGACGCGCAUCUUGCGCGUACCCUGACGAAACGGCCAGGUUGACCGCAGACGAGAGGAUUCUCAUGUUUUCAUUCUUCAACUUCGUCGGAGCAUAUUUGUGCGCACAAGUCCCCUUGGAGCACGCACGCCGUGCAGCAGGCAGCGCCGUUCUUCUGGGGUUCACCACGCCUGCAUUUACGUAUGGGACUGAUCUCAUCCUGCCGGCAGAAACAAACGAACAGCUCCGAGCUGUGUUACACACGAAGGCAAAACUGAACGAGUUGGUUGUGGUGCAAGCGCAAGGCAAGCACCGGCGAUCCAGGAAAAAGCUAGGAUUCAUGUUUGAGUACUUGGCUUCGGUGGCUCACUCCCACAGGAGCUCCGCCACAAUCUACAUUCCGGAGGUGCUGGCUGCCUUGGCUCAUUCCCGUCGUGCUAGUGGUGUGACGUUCCUUGACAUGCACCACUGGAGUAGGAAAAACCUCUUUUCGGACGCGUCAAUAUGGGACAUCCCACUGAUAAAGCCUCGCUUCGGCUGUGCCUUUGAUACGUCUCUGAGUUUGAAAGGGUACGACAUGGCAUCCGUGAUGGCCAAAGAGCUCGAAGCUUUCAAGUUCGGAGCAUCAUGCGAGCUCGGCUUUGAGUCAGUUGAGAUCUCUGAAUUAGGCGUCAAGGCUGACUGGGAGUUUGGCGUCAAAGGAACGAACCAAAGCAUGCCGAGCUUGCACGAUUUCAACGUAACGGUGUUGUAUCAGACGGUAGCGGCACAUGAACACCUCUUUAAGAUAUCGAUCGCCACGGUAAUAGAGCAUUUUCCGAGUGCAUUUGAAGUGGUUGUCGUUGUCGUGGACGCCGAUGUAGCCCUUUUCGAGGGCAUCGUCAACCCAUUUCGGGCCACGGCACCAUUUCCUAUUCGUGUCGUCGGAGAGCCAGAGCUGAUGGACGGCAUGGUUCAGCAAACGUACUCAAAGAGCACGUGGGGCAUGGCGUAUAGCAGAUCGAAGUUGACUUUACGACAAGCGCUCAACACCGGACUUACACUUGCCCCUGUUUCGCCAACCGCAUCCUCUGACCGAACCCAGUUGAGGGCUGACUUGUUCGCGAAUGGGGAGUACGUUUUACACCUGGAUUCGGAUGCGGUUGUCUUCGAGGAUGUAACGUACGCGCACAUGUUUCAUCUCGGCAAGCCGGUGCUACCAUUCCGUCGGUACGGGAGAAACGGAGGAGGAGAAGGUAAAGUGCACGAGAAACAUGGUCAAGAUCUUGCCUUCGCGGCGUGGCACUAG